AUGGCCAACUCCAAGUACUCGGGGCCCCUCUCGGAGCUGUACCAGGAGACCAUCAUCACCAAGUCCGCGGAGGAGGCACUCAUGAUUGACCAGCAGCGAGUGCAAAUGGCGGCGGCCGACGUCCAGGGAAUUCCCCGCGUGCAUGAGCAGCACCGGAAGUCGCUGGAGAUCGGCACCGAGGCCUAUGCGCAGGCGCUGCAGCGCGAGAACCAGCUGGAGGAGCAGCACCUCCAGAAUCGCAUUGCCUCCGAGCGUGCGCUGGCCCUUGAGCGCCUUCGUCGGGAGGAGCAUUCGGCCCAGCGGCAGGAGGACCUCCGCCGUCGGACGCUGCAGCACGAGCAGGAGCUCUACCGCGAAACCGAGAUGCAGAAGGUGGCCGCCGAGACGCAGGGCCGCAUCAUGCAGGAGCGUGUCAAUGAGGACCUUCACCGGGAUCUGAUGUUGCUGGAGCAGCGCGAGCGUCGUGAGACCGAGUCCAAGCUCAUGCGGCAGAAGAUCACCGACAUUGCGGACGAGGCGUUCGACUUUCUGUCGGAUCCCCGGCGCACGACCAACCUGGUGGUCGGUGUGACGGCCGUCCUGGCCCUGGUGUUUGCCACCCGGGCCUCCAUGUCGGUGGUCAGCAGUGUCAUUGUCAAGCGCAUGAACACCCCGGCCCUGGUGCGGGACAGCAGCCGCUCGUCGCUGCUGUCGCUGCUGAAGCCACGCCAGGAGGGUGCUCCCAAGGUGUCGCUGCUGUCUCGCGCGCUGAACACCAUGCGCGGGCAGACUGCCUCGCCGCUGAGUCUGACGGCUCCGGUGCUGAAUGAAAGCGAGCGCGAGCGCCUGUCGGUGCUGAGCGUGGCCACGCGCAACAGCCGGAAGAAUGCUGCCCCUCUGCGGAAUGUCCUGCUUUACGGCCCUCCGGGUACCGGUAAGACCAUGUUUGCCAAGGAUCUGGCCAAAAAUACUGGCAUGGACUAUGCCAUCAUCGCCGGUGGUGACAUCCUCCCCCUCGGCGGGCAGGCGGUCACCGAGCUGCAUGAUCUCUUUGCCUGGGCUGAUCGGUCGAAGAAGGGGACCAUCAUUUUCAUUGAUGAGGCCGAAGCUUUCCUUCGCCGGCGUGAUACCAACACCGCCUCGGAGGAUGUGCGCGCCGCGCUAAACACCACCCUUGCGCUGACCGGCGAGAAUAGUCAGCGUCACAUGUUGAUCCUGGCCACCAACCAGCCCAGCCAACUGGAUGCGGCCAUCCUUGACCGCAUGGAUGAGCUGGUGCACUUCGACCUGCCCGAGGAGCAGGCGCGUCGGGAGAUCUUCGACCGGUACUAUCGGAUGUAUGUGACCGAGGCGCACACCAACAACUUCCGCGUGCAGCCCAUUCCCAAGGGGAAGCUCCCCCGGCCGAUCGACACCUCGGAAAUCAUCCCCGAGAUGCGCGAGCUCAUGCUGGCCCAUCUGACCGGGCUGUCGGGUCGUGCUAUCUCCAAGUUCUGCUCUACCCUCCAGGCGCGGGCGUAUGCCACCCCUGGCAACAAGCUGACCCGGGCCGCGGUCGAGGAGGUGCUGGAUCACCUCAACGAGCAGGAGGGCCGGAAGCUGGACUGGGGCAUUGGCGAGGAGAGUGACGUCGCCACUGGUGGCGUUGCCGCCGCCCCUCCGGCGAAUGCCAACUCCACCGGCAACACGGCCUAAGAGAGCCUCCGGAGCCUUGGGCGCGGUGUGUGUGUGUGUGUGUGUG